AUGUCUUCCUUGUCCUUCUUCACAACCGGGACCAAGCGGAAACGGGCGCCAACCGAUGGAGCUCGCGCUCCCAAGCAAAAACGAACCGCUUUCAAGACCGCUCAGCGUCCCUCGAAACCCCAGUCUGCCCCGAAGCGACAGGUAGAACGCGAUGACGAUGAUUCGAUAUCGGGGAGCGAUUCUGACAGCGGGGACGGUGGUGAGGAUGCCGGACUGUCGGGCUCUGGCUCAGAUUCCGAGCAUGAAGGGGAGACAGCUGCAGAGAAGCGCCUGAGGAUGGCGGAGAAUUACCUGGCUAGGGUGAAAGACGAGGUAGAGGAGACGGUGGGUUUCGAUGCCGAGGAGAUCGACCGCGAAAACAUCGCACAGCGCCUGGCGUUGGACGUCAGUGAAAACAAAGGAAAGGUCUACAAGCGAAUAGCCGCGACUUUGCCCUUGCCCCGAGCCUCGAAAACAUUCGUCAGAAAUAAUACACAGACCACUACCGCAGUCGCCAUAGGGUCACCAUUUAUAUAUUCCGCACACAAAGGAUGUCAACUCAUCAAGUGGGAUUACCCAACGCCAUACAAGCAAACUACAAAAAAGAAGCCGAAGCGGACCGCUCCAGCCAAGAAACGACCGGUGAAAGUAGCUCAUUGGAAGGGAGAUAGCAGAAAGUCCAAGGACAAGGAUUACAAGGGUCAUGUCGGUGGGGACAUACUCUGCGUCGCGGUUAGCCAUGACGGUAUUGUUGUGACGGGCGGGUCGGAUCGUCGAAUUGUUGUCUGGGACGAGUCUCUGAAACCGAUACAUUUCUUCCGCGACCACCGAGAUGCAGUGACCGGACUGGCUUUCCGUCGAGGGUCGAACCAGCUCUACUCCGCCUCCAAAGACCGCUCCGUCAAGGUCUUUCAGGUCGACCGUGAACAGAAAGCGUAUGUUGAAACGCUCUAUGGCCAUGGAGAUCACGUCGUCGAUAUCGACGCCCUCACCCAAGAACGAUGUAUAUCUGUCGGCAGCCGUGACCGCACAUGUCGCUUGUGGAAAGUGGUCGAGGAAACGCAGCUGCUCUUCAGAGGUGGCGGUGGGCCGAAGAAAUUGUCCAAACCAGACGUAGACCCAAAAUCACUGGCCCACGAAGGAAGCUUGGAUCGAGUGGCGCAGAUCGACGAUACGUUCUUUGUCACGGGCGCCGAUAACGGAAGCAUAUCUCUUUGGACCACACAACGGAAGAGACCACUCUCUGUCGUUUACCAAGCCCAUGGGCUGGAACCGCCGCUUCAACCAACAGACAUAUCACCCGAGACGGACCCGAAGGAAGCUUACAUCCCACCUGCCCAACCCCUCCCCAUCACGGCUUUGCGGACCGUACCAUUGUCAGAUCUCGUUCUUAGCGGGUCGUGGGAUGGCUUCGUCCGGGUGUGGAGGUUCGACGAGGCUAAGAAGACGCUCGAGCCCGUGGGAAUAUUAGGCAACCCCAGCGACUCUCCUGCGGAUCUCCAAGCGAAUGGCGCAUCCGCGGAGGCUGCUGAGACCAGACCAGAUGGCGAAACCGAUGACAUAAGUCAGCCGUGGCUUAUCAAGGGCGUCAUCAACGACAUUGCCGUCAUGGAGCGGGGCGAGCGCGGAAAGGACGGCCUGAGCGUCGUCUGCGCCGUGGGCAAGGAGCUUCGUCUUGGGCGGUGGAAGAAUAUCAAGGGUGGCAAAAACGGGCUGGUCGUGUUUGAGAUACCCAGGGCGACGAAUGAACCCCUUCAGAACGGCACAGAGGACGGCGAUGUUGCGAUGAAGAACGGAGCAUGA